GAUCAAACAUGAAGCCUGUCAGUCUGUGCCUGAUACUGGCCAAUAUGGCAUUAGUGGUUUACUCUUUGCCAAUAACGGAACCUACAGAAGAAGAUUAUGCUUUUGGAGAGACGUACCUGAAAAGGUUCUAUAACCUGACAGAGGAGACCGUUCCAACAGCCAGACAGGGGCCAAGUCAGAGGAGCAGGAAGGUCCAAGAGAUGCAGAAGUUCUUUGGCCUAAAGUUGACAGGAACCUUGGACUCUGAGACUUUGGCAAUGAUGAAGAAGCCACGCUGUGGUGUACCUGAUGUUCAAAUUGGGCACUUUAGUACCUUCAACAACCGGAAGUGGAAGACAAACCAGCUUACCUACAGGAUUGAGAACUACACACCUGACAUGUCUGUGGCUGAAGUGGACCAGUCCAUAACGAGAGCACUACAGGUGUGGGCCAAGGUCUCCCCCCUGAGGUUCAUCCGCAUCUACCGUGGUACUGCAGACAUCAUGAUCUCCUUUACGAGAGGAGAUCAUGGUGAUUUCAACCCCUUCGAUGGCCCUGGUGGCACCCUUGCCCAUGCCUUUGCCCCUGGCCCUUACAUUGGAGGAGAUGCCCAUUUUGAUGAUGAUGAAAACUUCAGCUUCAUCUCAACCAGAGGGUACAACUUGUUCCUGGUUGCUGCCCAUGAGUUUGGUCAUUCCCUGGGUCUUGACCACUCAAAAGACCCUAGAGCACUGAUGUUCCCAACGUACAGCUACAGAAACCCCAGAACUUUCUCUCUUCCCCGUGAUGAUGUCAAUGGUAUCCAGUACAUCUAUGGUCCAAACCCAGAUGUGAACCCCAAACCAGACAAGCCAGAACCUACACCCCCUUCCACUCCAGAUGCCUGUGACCCCUCCCUGGUUCUGGAUGCUGUCACAACACUUCGUGGAAAGAAAAUGUUCUUCAAGGGCAGGUUCUUCUGGAUUAACUUCUCCAAGAACAGAAAACCAGUGCAGAAACUCAUCAAGGCCUUCUGGCCCCAACUUCCUGAAAACAUUGAUGCUGCUUACGAGAGUCUCGUAUCAAACAAAGUGUUCAUCUUCAAAGACAUUCAGGUCUGGGCUAUCUCUGGUUAUGAGAUAGUCCCUGGCUAUCCCAGGUACCUGAAUGCUGUGGGUCUACCGCGAACUGUGAAGAAAGUUGAUGCCGCCCUGUACGAUCAAGUCUCCAAGAAAACGUUGUUCUUUGUUGGUGACAACUACUACAGUUACAAUGAGAUAACAGAAAGGAUGGACCAAGGUUUCCCCAAGCGUGUGGAUGAAGGGUUCCCAGGCAUGACAAGCAAAGUGACUGCAGCCUUCCAAGUCCAAGGAUUCACCUACCUCUUCAGUGGUCCCUUAGUGUUUGAGUAUAGCAUGUGGACAAAGAGACAGUUUCGUGUUCUGGGAAACAAUUACUUCCUGCCUUGUUAGCACAUCAUCACUCAUUUAAAGUAGCUGUGACCAACAAUCAAUGUAGCCAAAUCCCAAAUUUGUAGAUGUGUCUUAAUAUAAAGUUUUUAGUUACACAUUUGUUAUUUUGGUUAAAAAACUUUACGUUUCUCAAUUAAAUUGUAUCCUCAAAAUGUAAAACAUUUAUGUAUAUUAAUUAACCAAAACAUAUUUAAACAUUUCAUAUUCAAAUACAUUCAAUGUAAUUGUGAUGUUUAUUUGUUCCAAUAAUGAAUGAAUGUAAGGUAUGUAGUCCCAGAUCUCUGUUAAUGGAUGAGGUAACUAACACAUGGCAUUCAUGCUUAGGGAGGGAAAUGACCUGAGAUCUCUCAUGAAAAAUGUAUACUCCUACACAAGAUCUAAAAAAAAAACUACUCUCUUUGCAACUUAAUUUUGAUUGACUGAUUCAUGUAGUCAUUUUAGUAGUGAGUGGUGAAUUGGGUUCUAUCAUACCUUGUAAACAAUACAAAUGUAUUAAUCUAAUUACUACACUAUUAUUUGUUAAAAGGGCCCUGGGGGUAUAUUAUGUCUGAGAUAUUUCUAGGGCAGUGAGAUUUGUUCCACACAUACUUGGCCAGAAACAGUGAGGUAACUUUUUUUGGUUAACAAAACACACACAGUAUAACAGUAUGUCAAAUGUGAGCGAGAUCUGAAAAAUGAAUGAAGUCAUGUUUUGUUUUCCUCAUGCAACAAGUCAAUUUUAUAUGAAUGUAUGUAUACAUUUUUUUGUAAUGGUUUUGUGUAAUCUGACAAA